AUGAGCGACGCUUACGAACGUGAGCAGUAUGUUCCCCUCCGCUUACUUGAUACGCUUGAGUGUCGCCAGCCAGCUAUCAAGAACCACCCACUCUCGAUCCACUUUCCUGAAGCCAGCACGGGGUUCAAGAAUGAAACGCAAAAUAAUGCGCUCCUCAGUGGUCUUUCAUCCAAAGUCUCCGCUCUCCGAUCUGUGACCAUCGACAUCCAUGACAAUGCGCGGGAUCAAGAUACUAUCGAUCAUUCGAACGAAGUUUUCUCCUCCUUCUCCACGAACCUCAAGGGCAGCGCCUCCCGCCUGACACGAAUGGCAAAGCAGGGCGAUACUGUCGCAGUGCUGAAGGUUGCCGGUAUCUUCAUCGGCGCCGGACUCCUUAUUUACAUCAUCCUUGGCUGGAUCUUCUGAGUGAUGGCCCAUCUCCUGAAAUCGACUCCGUUAUAUCGAUCCCUCCCCUCGUUGCCACCCCCUACUUUGCAGCCCCACGGCCAUACUCUCGCUGGCCCGAGAGGUGUUCCUAUACUUUGAUGACACGACCCUGUCGAAGCCAUAUCCGCCUACACUUCUAGACCUUUAAUACUUGUCAUUUUCGCCUGGCCUGUACUUGAGUACUGUCUUCGUCCGCCCGUCAUACUACAAGCUGGGGCCAAGAGCCUUGUACGCCGAAAGAGUCGCCACAUAUCCACCGUCAUUUCAUAUUCCAUCACUAGAUUGAUGUCUUUACGAACCUUGCAAACCACCGAAUGGAGUUGUUUUUGGUGCGAAGGAAAUAAUCUGUGCUCGCAUCUUGCAUUUUGGUUUUGAUUUCGAGGGCCUUGUUUCCAGGCUACUCUGAUUCUGUGUAUUAUUCUGUUGUUACUAAAGAACAUAAUUCUUGCCCAAAUGAUUCUUGGGCUUGUCCCAUU